AUGUCUCUCGAGCCGGUUGUAUUCCUCUCCAGUCUAUCCCGGCACGCGCAUAUUUGGCUUGAUCUUUUUGCGCAUAUCCUCUCUAUCGACUUCAACGCAUUACCGUCAGCUUCAUCUGGAGGUCUACCCCGUCGUAGCGCUUCCUGUAUGGCCACCAUGAAUAGGCAAUCAUCCUCAUCAACAACACCGGCACAGCUCGCGCGCUCACUCCGCCGCGCCUUGUCUGUCGGCCAUUCUCGAGAUGCGAGGCAACCACCCUCCCGCAGUACAUCUGUACACUUCGUUGAGUCGCCCUCGGCGCCGCCUUCUGCAUACGACCGUCGAGCGAGCCUCAUAUCUCCACGGCCAUCGUCUUCUCGGCCGUCUAUGCACCAUCGCUCGGUCUCCGUCGGUUCUGUAGCCGGAAGUACCCUUUCACGAAAACGGAACUUCCGCCGGGCUUUCGCUAGUCCAGCUCUAUCACCGUCGUUACCCGAGACGCCGCUCGAAUCACCAGGAGCCAUGUCUCCAGUGCCCUCGCCCUCAGUGGUAGGGGCUGUCGCGGAACGCAACGUCGUCGUCGUCAAUGCCGGUGAACAAGCAGCCGAGAUGCACGCCCAGAUCGGUGUCUGGGAGGAGCAACCGCCGUCGCCGCACUGGGCAGCGUAUGAGCACGCCGUCGCCAGCGUCGGGGUAUGGGAGCACGAGUCUGUCGGUGGUCCGCAGAAAGACCCCUUUGCGACCGCUGCGCCGAGCUACAUUGCGCACUCGCGGCCGACUGGAGAAAGACGCGAGCUCGCGGUCAACACGCUCGUCUCGAGCAAUACAGCGUAUAUGAUGGCUUCCGCGGCCGGCUCGCUCGACUCGGAUUCGGCUACUCUCGUCGCCAAUUCACCCGUAUCAGCAUCAUCUCCCAGGGACAAGCGCGCUUCGAUCGUUUCCGUCGUUCCGUCGACCAAGGCGAAAUUCACGUCGCGCUUGCAGCGCGCGAUGAGGAAAUUGCGUGGUGUUUCGGUUACUACAUCUUAG